AUGGCUUGCCGGCAGUUAUGGGCUUCAAGAGCUGCGUCGUAUCUCAGGAUCUCUGUCUUUCACAGAAGCUUUUCUAACGUUUUGAACAAUCUCAAGUAUGCCGAUUCUCAUGAAUGGGUGAAAGUUGAUGGAAAUUCUGCAACCAUCGGCAUAUCUGACCAUGCGCAAGAUCAUUUGGGUGAUGUCGUGUACGUUGAACUGCCAGAAGUUGGAGCAGCUGUCACACAAGGAGAUGGUUUUGGUGCAGUUGAAAGUGUGAAGGCAACCAGUGACGUUUACUCUCCGGUUUCUGGAAAAGUUGUUCAAGUUAAUGAAGAGCUCAGCAGCUCUCCUGGUUUGGUUAACUCAAGCCCGUAUGAAAAUGGAUGGAUAAUUAAAGUUGAAUUGAGUGACAGUGGUGAACUUAACAAGUUGAUGGAUUCAGAACAAUAUUCCAAGUUCUGUGAAGAAGAAGACUCCAAGCAUUAA